AAGUGACCCUGGGCCGGGGCGGCCGCGGGCGGCGGGGAGGCGCGGCGGGCGGGCGGGCGGAACCAUGACCGAAGAUGACCGAGGCGGCGCUGGUGGAGGGCCAGGUCAAGCUCCGGGACGGCAAGAAGUGGAAGAGUAGGUGGCUGGUGCUGCGCAAGCCGUCGCCGGUGGCAGGUGUGUCCUGUCUGGUGCCCCCUGCAGACUGUUUGCUGAUGCUGGCCUACAAGGACCGGUCAGAGCGGACCAAGGGCCUGCGGGAGCGCAGCAGCCUGACCCUGGAGGACAUCUGUGGCCUGGAGCCCGGCCUGCCCUACGAGGGGCUGGCCCACACGCUCGCCAUCAUCUGCCUGUCGCAGGCUGUCAUGUUGGGCUUCGACAGCCGUGAGGCCAUGUGUGCCUGGGACGCCCGGAUCCGCUACGCACUCGGCGAGGUGCACAGGUUCCACGUGGCAGUGGCUCCGGGCACCAAGCUGGAGAGCGGCCCCGCCACCCUUCACCUCUGCAACGGUGUUCUCGCGGUGGCCAAGGACAUCCCUCCGGCAGUCACCGGGCAGUGGAGGCUGUCUGACCUCCGGCGCUACGGGGCCGUGCCCAAUGGAUUCAUCUUUGAAGGCGGGACCAGAUGUGGGUACUGGGCCGGAGUCUUUUUCCUGUCCUCCUCCGAGGGUGAGCGCAUCAGCUUCCUGUUCGACUGCAUCGUCCGGGGCGUCUCCCCGACCAAGGGCCCCUUCGGGCUGCGGCCAGUCCUCCCAGACCCGAGCCUCGGGGGGCCUGCCACCGUGGAGGAGCGAGUGGCCCAGGAGGCCCUGGAAGCCCUACAGCUGGAGAAGCGGCUCAGCCUCCUCUCCCACUCAGUCAGGACAGGCAGUGGAGGGGAUGACCGCAGCCUGUGCAGCUCGUCGUCAGAGGCGAGCCGCUCGGACAUCAGCACCAGCAGCCAGCUCACAGCCUGGCCGGAGCAGUCCUGGUCCUCGGCUGGCACCUCGCAGGAGGGGCCCGGGCUGGGGGCCGUCCAGGUCCCCGGGGAGGUCGUGCUGGGUGCCUCCAGGCCGCCACCCAAGCCGCUGCGGCCCCGGCAGCUGCAGGAGGUCGGCCGCCAGAGCUCAGCGGACAGCGGCAUCGCCACGGGCAGCCGCUCCUCCUGCUCGGGCAGCUUCUCCUCAGGCGCGGACAGCAGCCUGGACAUGUGGCGAUCCGGCGACGAGUUCGGCUCACUGCUCAGCCUGCCGCUGGCGGCCGGGGCGCCCGAGCCCAGCCUGUGUGCCUGCCCUCCGGGGACAGCUGAGUACCAAGUGCCCACCGCCCUGCGGCCCCACUAUGACUCGCCCCGCAGCCUGUGCCAGGCGCCCAGGGACCAGACCCCAGCCGCACAGGGCGGCCCUGCCGGUGGCGGGGCCGGGGACUCGGGCAGCCAGGUGUCUGUGGGGUGCCCCUCCAGUUGGCUGGGUGCCCGGCAGCGGGGACAGGAGACAGAGGCUGCAGGCAGUGAAGCCACCCCGCCCAGCCCAGCCCCCGGCGAGCCCUGGGAGGCGGGCGGCCCUCAUGCUGAGCUGCCUCCUGCCUUCUUUGCUGCAUGUCCCGUCUGUGGCGGACUCAAGGUAAAGCCCCCGCCCUGAGAGCCAGGGCCCAGGCCUGCUGCUCCGGGUGGGGUUCACCCCUCGGGACGGGAGAAGAGGGUCCUUGCCAAGGGGGUGCACUUUGUGCCCCUUGGUGAGGCCGGUGGCCGUCAGCCCAGUGGGGAGGGCCUGUGGGGGCCACCAGCUCCUGGGGAGCAGAGCCUGUCAGGAGGCCACUGUGACCGUCUGGGGCAGGUCCGCUGGCCGUGAAGAGGCCCCGCCUGCAGGCAGCUAGAAGUGCCUUCUGGGGUGGGAGGCUCUGGGUGGCCAUCGACAGAAGCCCAGAGCCCCGGGUUAGGCUCAGGCUCAGGCGCUGGGGCCAGGGAGGCACCAUGGCUUAGCCAGCUUGUGCCAGGACCCCCUGGCCGCACUGCCUCCCCACCCCACUGCACCACCCACCUCAUGGCCGGCCUGGCCUGCAGUCCCAGCCCCCCUGCGGCCAAGAAUCCGAUCCCUGCCAGCAGCUCCGGCCCCGAGGGUGCAGGCCCAAGGCUAACCCCCUGUGUGGCACGCGUGUGUAACCAGCUUUACCUGUUUGCCCCUCGCCUCCCGUGAAAAGCAGCACCUGCAGGCGGCCCGUCCUGUGGGGAGGAAACCGAGGCUCGGCAGGCCUGGGGGCUGGUGGGUGUGGGUCUCAGAACUCGGGGGCCCACUGCUCCUCAGCGUUGUCCUGGGCCUUAGGGCUCUGGGCCAGGGGCGGAGCGGGGGGGAGCAGGGCUGUGGUCUCAUGGGGCCGCGGCCUCGGAGGUCAGCCUGCCAGAGGGCUCUGAAAGGGCCAGAAGGCCCACGCCCUUUUCCUGGCUGCCCUCUGGCUGAGCGGGAAGGCCGGUGGUCAGGGCAGAGGCUGCCAGGGGUCCGAGGCCCACCCAUUGCAUUUGGAGGGCCCCUCGGUGCUGCCUAAGGGCCGCCCUGGGAUAGAGCUUCUCCCCGGCCUGUCUGCUCAGCUGCAUGGGGGGCAGCCGUGUUGCCUGGUUUUGUACAUUCGUUCCCUGGUUCCGGAUGCACCGUGAGAGGUGCGGCCGUGUCCAUCCGAUCCUGGACUCUCUGGCUGGCUUCGUCCUGCGCUGUCUGAAAUCAGCUCCUGUCCAGGGGCGAAUAGCUGACCUGUAAAUAUUCUGCUUUGUGCUUCCGCUAUCGGCUGAAGAUGUUUGUUGCUCUUUUACAUUGAAAAAAUCUGUUUGUAAUACAUUUAUGUUCUUCAACUGGAAAUAAAAUGUUCUUUUCUUA